AUGCCGUUCAUGAAGAAGGAUGGGGGAUCUGGUCGCUGGUCAUUGCAACUGUAUGAGGAAUUUAAUUAUUAUGAGGAGGAAAUAGUUUUUGAGAAAGGAUUUGUGGCCUCCACCUCAGCAGUGGCAAUGGAGGCAGAUUGUGGCCAUAGUGGAGGCCACAUAGGCCACCUAAAUUUCAGAAUCAAUGAGAGUAAUCAGGGCCAGGAUAGCGAGAGGUACAGUAAGGAAAGUGAUGCUAACGUGGGAGAAAGCAGUAGCCACCCGGAUUCUUCUUUGGAGCUAGACUCAAAAGAACUGAACACCUCAGAGGCUGGUGUGGCAAGGAUUCGUCAGAGGCACCAGGGUCAUCAAAACCACUUCCGUUUCACACCGGGUCAGAUCAGGGAAAUGGAAAGAUUCUUUCAAAUAUCCCAGUACCCAAAUUUGGCUGCCAGGAAAGAACUUGCAAGAACUUUGAAAGUGCCUGAAGCAAAACUGAAGGAGUGGUUCGCCAAACGGAGAGUGAAAGACAGGAAGGAAAAACGCGUACUGAUAGAGACAACACCUCCUAUUGAAGACAUCAUCAUGCUGUGGGACACUGAGGAAGAUUCUUCCUAG